UGGCUGCAUCUGAAAGAGAUGUGACACAGAUGCUAUCUGCCACUGAUUCACAAGUUGAUGAACAAGAUGGCUCUCAGUUUUGCAGGCUUACAUAUAGGAGUGCAUCCUUAUCUAUCCCCAUGAACUCCACAGAAUUCAAUGACAGUGAAAAUAGUCUUGUAGGUCAUUCUGUUUAUCUGGAAAAUGAAAGGAAAACUUCAUAUUUGCAGAUGAGUGGUCCUUUAUAUACUAGUAGCAGGAAUGGAAUUGUACUGGGGCCUAUGCAAAGUGCAGUAGCGCAACAAACAACUGAGGCUCCAGUAGAACGGUAUCCUCCAUUGAAUGGCAGGGAGCGAACAGUUUGGCCAGAUAAGAGCUAUGCGUCGCAGAAUGAUCAUCUCAUUAAGUCUGGUCAACUUGGAAUGUGUGAUGAUCCUUACUGCACAACAUGCCCAAGUUAUUACCAUCUCAAGGGGCAACAGAAGAAAUCAAAAUCAUCGGACAUACUGGAUUACAAGUUCCACAAUAUGAUCUAUGGAGAUGCAAAAGGCUGGGCAAAGAAAGUUUCUUCUUUUCUUGGUCCUUUUAUUCCACCUAUCAUGAAUCCUCAUGCAAAAGUUGUUCAGCAGUGGAACCAGUUCUUUUUCCUUUCUUGCUUGUUUGCAGUUUUCCUGGACCCUUUGUUCUUCUUUUUGUUGUACGUAAAUCAGGAUAACAAAUGUAUAGUACUUAAUUGGCCCAUGACAACAACAAUUGUGGCUUUGAGGAGCAUGACUGAUUUUUUGUACUUAAUUCACAUCCUUCUUCAGUUCAGGCUUGCUUAUGUUGCUCCUGAAUCUAGAGUGGUGGGUGCUGGAGACCUAGUUGACCAUCCAAAAAAGAUUGCGCUUCAUUAUCUUUCUGGAUAUUUCCUUAUUGACUUAUUUGUUGUAUUACCACUUCCACAAAUCAUUAUAUUGGCUGUCUUACCCAAUUCCAUUGGAUCAUCUGGUGCAAAUUAUGCAAAAAAUCUUCUGCGGGCAGCAAUUUUAGCUCAGUACAUUCCAAGGUUGUACAGGGUUCUGCCCUUGCUCGCUGGUCAGUCAUCAACCGGUUUCAUAUUUGAGUCAGCAUGGGCAAAUUUCGUUAUAAAUCUUCUAAUGUUUGUGUUGUCUAGUCAUGUGGUGGGAUCGUGCUGGUAUCUCUUUGGGCUGCAGAGGGUGAAUCAAUGCCUUCGAGAUGCCUGUCAUGACUCUGGAAUUGCAAGGUGCAUGGACUUCAUAGAUUGCGGGCAUGGGAAUGAUCAUAGCUGGUUCGCUUCAGAUCCAACAUGGGAUCUGUGGAAGAAUAAUGCCAAUGCAACGGCUUGUUUUGGAGGUGGAAAUUUCUCCUUUGGAAUCUAUGCUCAAUCUGUAGACCUGACCACAACAGAAAAUGUCAUCACUAGAUACAUAUACUCAUUGUUCUGGGGAUUCCAGCAAAUAAGCACAUUGGCUGGAAAUCAAGUUCCUAGUUAUUUUGUUUGGGAAGUUCUUUUCACGAUGGCCAUCGUUGGACUUGGUCUUCUUCUGUUUGCUUUGCUGAUUGGAAAUAUGCAAAACUUUCUCCAGUCUCUUGGACGCAGGAGGUUAGAAAUGUCUCUUAGACGUCGUGAUGUUGAGCAGUGGAUGAGCCAUCGACGCUUGCCUGAAGAACUGAGAAGGAAAGUUCGAGAAGCAGAACGUUUUAGUUGGGCUUCAACGAGAGGUGUGAAUGAGGAAACAGUAUUGGAGAAUCUGCCUGAAGACCUCCAAAUAGAUAUACGGCGUCAUCUUUGCAAUUUUGUCAAGAAGGUCCGUAUAUUCACUCUUGUGGAGGAGCCCAUAUUAGACGCCAUUUGUGAGAGGCUUAAACAAAAAAUUUACAUAAAAGGAAGCAAAGUUUUGCACCGUGGAGGCCUUGUUGAUAAAAUGGUCUUCAUAGUCCGUGGAAAAAUUGAGAACAUUGGAGAAGAUGGAUAUCAAGUUCCCUUAUCUGAAGGCGAUGUUAUUGGGGAAGAACUUCUUACAUGGUGCCUUGAGCAAUCUUCUGUAAGCAAAGAUGGGAAAAAGCUCAGGUUUCCAGGACCCAACAUGAUAAGCAAUCGAGAAGUAAGGUGCUUAACAAAUGUAGAGGCAUUUGUAUUGCGAUCUGCAGAUCUUCAAGAAGUCACUACUCUGUUUUCGAGAUUUUUAAGGAAUCCACGUGUUCAAGGUGCUAUAAGGUAUCAAUCUCCUUACUGGCGAGGCCUCGCCGCAAGGCGUAUCCAAGUGGGAUGGAGGUAUUGGAGGAAGCGACUUGGCCGCGGAGGCUCCUUCAGCCCAGAACACGACCAUUAUUCAGCAUACCACCAUUCUCCGGGAUACUGACCAUUAACCCUGUAGCUUAGGCUUCAGUAUUGUUUAAAUAACUACAGGAUAAAUGGAGAAGAAAAAAAAGAAGAAGAUGAUACAUGUUGUAUCAAUUUAGUUAGCCAUGAAAACUGAUGAUGGCAUUUGCAACAUUAGUGUUCCAAGCCCAUUCUUAAUGAUUCAUGGAAAAUAUCAACCUUAUUUAAUAUCUUCAAAGAACCCUACUCUUUGAAAGGAUUUUGUUCUUUUGAGAAAACAUGAAUACUAUUUGCCAAAGCAUUUUGGUGUAUU